UGGCCUUUCAUAGACUUGACUGCUGGUUUAAUCGGAUAACUGUGCCCUGCUUCUUUUAAUUACUUUGGAAAAGAGAACAAAGAACAAGGGUUCAUCGAGAGUGCGUGGGUUGCGAAAGGUGAAAUUUCUCCACCAACUCUCUGCAACAACAAGGAGCUUUGAGCGACUUCUGUUUGUUAUGGGAUGAAUUUGUAUCUGCUAUUGCUACUAGUUUCUUUCGUCUCGUGCCAUCAACAUAAUCAAAAACUUGAGGAGUGCUAUGAGGAGUUGAUGAAGUUCACGCUUGAAACUGAUCCAAAAAUUAAAGAUAUAUAUUAAAAAUUUUGUGAAAGGCUUUUGUGCUUCAGAUUCUUUGUUGGAGAAUUUUAUAGUGAUCCAGCUACUGCAAAACAUACCAUAAGACCUGGGAUAAUGGACAUGGAGGUACUAGGUGCACGUGCCUUGCAUGGGAUGUUUUUCUAGUGAUAGAAAACAUAUAGUUUCUGGUGAUUUCUGUUGCACCAGAAAACCCUAAUCCUAUCUCUUGCACAGCCACUAGCCCAAGGAACCCCAAAAAGGAGAAGGUGGGUGGUGGAGAAAAGGGAAAAAAAGAAAAAGAAAAAGAAAAAGAAAAAGAGAGAACAGAUGGAAGACCCCCAAGCCAACGGCGACCACAAUCACAACCACAUUCCUAAGAAACUCAAGUUGUCUUCUCCAUCCUCAUUCAUAUCUGACUCUGAAAUACGGCAAGAGUUUGCCCACCACCAGCUGGGUAUUGCUCGAAUUAACAACGGUUCCUUUGGCAGCUGUCCAGCCUCCAUCAUCGCUGCUCAGAAGCAGUGGCAGCUCCGGUUCCUACAGCAACCCGACGACUUCUUCUUCAACCACCUCCAAAACGGCAUCCUCCGCUCCCGCACCCUCAUCACGUCCCUCAUAAAUGCUGACCACGUUGAUGAGGUCUCCAUCGUUGACAACGCCACCACUGCAGCUGCCAUUGUCCUUCAACAUGUUGGUUGGGCCUUUGCCGAGGGCCGCUUUCAGAAGGGUGAUGCCGUUGUCAUGCUCCACUGCGCCUUUCAGGCUGUCAAGAAGUCCAUCGAGGCUUAUGUCACUCGCGCCGGUGGCUCCGUCAUUGUGGUCCAGCUUCCCUUUCCUGUCCAUUCUGACCAGGAAAUCAUUGCCGAGUUUCGCAAAGGCUUGGCCAUGGGUAAGGCCCAUGGUAGGAAAGUUAGGCUUGCCAUUAUUGAUCACAUUACGUCAAUGCCCUGUGUCGUCAUUCCCGUACGUGAAUUGGUUCAGAUUUGCCGAGAAGAAGGUGUGGAGCAGGUUUUUGUGGAUGCUGCCCAUGCCAUUGGCAGCGUUCAUGUUGAUGUUAAAGAAAUUGGGGCUGAUUUUUAUGUCAGCAACUUGCACAAGUGGUUCUUUUGUCCGCCCUCCGUUGCUUUCUUGUACUGUAGAAAGUCCCCUAUAGCCCUUGAUUUGCACCAUCCUGUAGUCUCCCAUGAAUAUGGGAAUGGCUUGGCAAUAGAGAGUGCCUGGAUUGGCACACGAGACUACAGUUCUCAGCUGGUUGUUCCAGAUGUCUUAGAUUUCGUCAAUAGAUUUGAAGGUGGUAUUGCUGGCAUUAGAAAAAGGAACCAUGAUGCCGUUGUAAGAAUGGGGGAAUUGUUGGCCAGAGCGUGGGGGACUCAUCUUGGAUCUCCUCCUGAGAUGUGUCCCAGCAUGGCCAUGGUUGGUUUGCCUUCGAGUUUGAGGAUUUCAAGUGAUGAUGAUGCAUUAAAGUUGAGGACUCAUUUGCGGGACCAUUUUGAAGUAGAGGUCCCUAUAUAUUACCAGGCCCUGAAAGACGGGGAGAUUGGAGGGGACAACUGGGAUGGUAGAGUAGCUGGAUAUGCCCGUAUUUCUCAUCAAGUUUACAACACCGUGGAUGAUUAUCUCAAGUUGAGAGAUGCCAUUAACCAGCUUGUCAAAGAUGGAGUCACGUGCAACAACCUGCCUUAAGAAUGAAGAGGUCUGUAUCAUGGGCAUUUGUUGUUGUUCUUAGUCUCUGUCUGCCUGGACAUCUGCUUGUCCAAUUAACGUUGAAGACCUGAGGCCAUGAUCCUUCCAAGCGCUUAGUAAAAAGUGAUCUGAUUAGUGACUGGCAAUAGUUGGGGUAUAUUUUGAUUUUUAUCCUGGUGUUAAAUUUUAGCAAUAACUUUUGAUAACUUUGUUAUCAAGUCUAUAAUUCCAUCUCUCUUAAAUUUCACUCUACACGCUUCCUUCCAUAUGAGGCAGAGUCAGCUAAUCCUGCUGAAAUAACUCUGCUUCUUUAAAUAUGAUGCCAUGGGGUUUUACAAUUGUAUGGCCUGCCUAAGUUUGAAA